AUGGCAGUCUCUGCAGAAAAAUGCGACCCGCUGUCUGGGGAAGCUGUUAUCAGAAAACAGCCCUACGAGCUGGAUUCCGAGGGCAAGGCAAAGGGGAUUCCUAUAUGGCGCUUGACACAACCGCACAUGAUGGCUUUCCAUCUAUCAUGGAUUUCAUUCUUCAUGUCCUUCGUGGCCACUUUCGCACCAGCUGCUUUGGUACCCGUAAUUCGCGACGAUCUCUUCCUCAGCAAGUCUGAGCUCGGAAAUGCUGGCGUAGCUGCGGUGUGCGGUGCCAUAGCUGCGCGUAUCUUCAUGGGCGGCUUUGUCGAUACAGUCGGUCCCCGGUACGGCACGGCGGCAACCAUGCUCGUCACUGCGCCUGCCGUAUUCUGCAUGUCGCUUGUUACCGACUUUUCCAGCUUCGCCGUGGCCCGCUUCUUUAUUGGCUGCUCGCUCUGCAUGUUCGUGUGCUGCCAGUUUUGGUGCGGAAGCAUGUUCAACGUGCGCAUUGUGGGCACUGCCAACGCUAUCGCCGCGGGCUGGGGCAACAUGGGCGGAGGCGCCUGUCUGUUCAUUAUGCCACUCAUCUUCGACGGCAUCCGCAAGCACGCACCCUCUUUCCAGGCGUGGCGCUGGUCGUUCUUCGUGCCGGGUGGCAUUUUCAUCUUGAAUGCUGUCUCAACUCUGCUAUUGGGUAUUGACCACCCUUCCGGCAAGGACUACCGCGACCUGAAGAAGGAUGGCACUCUGAGGUCCAAGGGCGCCUUGUUGCCAGUCAUUAAGUGCGGCCUGGGGAAUUACAGGGCUUGGAUUCUCGCCCUCACGUACGGCUACUCGUUCGGCGUUGAGCUGACGGUUGACAAUAUUAUCACGGAGUACUUUUACGAUCAGUUCGGACUCAGCCUCAAAGUUGCGGGAGCCCUAGGCGCCAUCUUUGGCCUGAUGAACCUCUUCACGCGCGCCUCGGGUGGCAUGAUUUCCGAUUUCGUCGCGAAGUACUGGGGCAUGCGCGGCCGGCUGUGGGCCCUAUGGAUCAUCCAAACGCUGGGCGGCGUUUUCUGCAUCGUCAUGGGCAGGGUCAACCACAAUCUCACAGCGACCAUCGUCGUCAUGGUCAUUUUUAGCAUCUUCUGUCAGCAGGCCUGCGGCGCGCAUUUCGGCAUCACGCCCUUCGUCUCGCGCCGUGCGUACGGCGUGGUUUCAGGGCUUGUCGGCGCGGGCGGCAACACGGGCGCCGCCAUCACACAGGCCAUUUGGUUCGCUGGAAAGGCGCAAUGGCAGCUCAACCUCCAAAAGUACGACGGCAUGGUUUGGAUGGGCGUCCAGACCAUCGUCCUGACGCUGCCGCUGUUCUUCAUCCAGUUUCCCAUGUGGGGCUCCAUGUUGACCGGGCCCCGCGAGGGCGCUCAGGAGGAGGACUACUACCUGAGGGAGUGGAGCGCGGAGGAGGUGGCGCAGGGACUGCAUCAGGGUUCCAUGCGGUUCGCCAUGGAAAGCAAGUGA